AUGCUUAGCCCCGCCGCCACCUCCACCGUUCCUGUCGCAACCUCUGCGGAGACUGCGACGAUCACCGCAGCUCCCAUCCCCGCCACCAACCAAAACGCACUUGACGGCCCGCCAACCACCACCCUCACUAUUGCCACCCCCUCUUCCGUCGAUGUGGACUCGGUCCUAACCAGUCCUCAGUGCGAUCGUACAUCUACCUCACACAUAGGCCUGCUUUGUCAUUUGCUGAUCCAUCGCGCCGUGACCGACACACCAAUACCGGGAGCUCCGACACACACUCGCCACAUCCACCUUCACUGUCCACGCACAUUUGUACACCUGACGGGCCUAUUCGGUCACAUGCGUAAGCGCGGUUCGACCAUCGUUGCCGACAAUGCGCUCCCGGUGCACUCCACAGCAGGGUAG